GGAGUCCGACAUGUUGGUGUGUGUUUGUGAGUGCAGUGUCUGAACGCGUUGCUCUCCUCAAAGAGCUGAAGCAGAACUGAAACCAUGAAAAGAAUUAACAUUACGAUCAACUUUUACAACUUUGCUGGAUUUUUAUCCUCAGUGUGCGCUGUGAUGGUUUAUAUGCUGUUUAUUCAGACAGCUAACGCGAACCCUUCACCUGAGCCUCUUACUCAGCCCUGCAGUACUUUGACCAGCUGUGACUCCUGUCUGAAAAAUGUCUCGUGUUUGUGGUGUUACACUAAUGACACCUGUACAGUUUACCCCGUGUCUCACCUGCUUCCUCCUGCAUCAGUGUGUAAACUGUCUCAGGCCCGCUGGGGGGUGUGCUCAGUGAACUUCGAGGCUUUGAUCAUUGCGAUGGCCGUGUUAGUGUGUGUGGUGUUGUUGGCUGUCACUGUGUGCUGCUGCUACUGCUGUCGCCGCUGUGGACGAUCGUCACGGUCAGAUCGUAUAGAGGAGGAGAUCGCUUGGAAGAGGGAAAGAGACAGGCAGCUUUCAGAGGAUCGGAGGGCUGAGCGCAGGGCAAGACACGAUGAGAUCCGCAAGAAAUACGGAUUGAUGUCCGACUCGGAUCACCCAUACAGCAAGUUUGAGAAUGAGUGAGAUGGGACAGAUGAGACAAGAAGGCCGUCCAUUUACUUUUGGUCAGCAAACUCACACAGGGAAUCUGAUUAACCUUAUCUCUUCAAACUGCAGUGUAAUGUGUGUGCAUGUGUGUGUGCAUGUGUAGGUAUGUGCGUGUGUGUAUGUAUGUGCGUAUGUAUGUGUGUGUAUGUAUGUGUGUGUGUAUGUAUGUGUGUGUGUAUGUAUGUGUGUGUGUGCGUAAGUGUUUUAAAUUCUGCUGUGCCACUGUAUGCUCUAAAAGUUUCCUAAUAAAUUAAAAUUCUGCUUUUA